AAAAGGGGGGUGGGUUUGAUUAAAUAGAAAACGAGAAAAGCCCUAUAACAGAUGAACGGAAAGUUUAUUUUUGUUGUUGUUUGAACAUCCGUGUGUGUGCGUUCAUGUGCGCGCCCGCUGUUUUGGCAUGUGGCUACCUUUUCCCUUGCAUACAACAGGGCUGUUUGAUGGAGUUUGGAGCUGAGGAAACUUUGGGUUUGUUGCCAGGACGGUUCGCAGAACUUUGUGGAAAGCAAAGCUUGAGACCGACAGAGAUGUCUUCCAAGCGACCAGCCUCUCCGUAUGGGGAAGCAGAUGGAGAGGUAGCCAUGGUGACAAGCAGACAGAAAGUGGGAGAAGAGGAGAGUGACGGGCUCCCAGCCUUUCACCUUCCCUUGCAUGUGAGUUUUCCCAACAAGCCUCAGUCUGAGGAAUUUCAGCCAGUUUCUCUGCUGACGCAAGAGAGCUGUGGCCAUAGGACUCCCACUUCUCAGCACAACACAAUGGAAGUUGAUGGCAAUAAAGUGAUGUCUUCAUUUGCCCUGCACAACUCAUCUACCUCACCCUUGAAGGCAGAAGAAGGUGGGCGUCAGAGUGGAGAGUCCUUGUCCAGCACAGCCCUGGGAACCCCAGAAAGGCGCAAGGGGAGCCUUGCAGAUGUCGUGGACACCCUGAAGCAAAGGAAAAUGGAAGAGCUGAUCAAAAAUGAGCCAGAAGAAACUCCCAGUAUUGAAAAGCUACUAUCAAAGGACUGGAAAGACAAGCUUCUUGCCAUGGGAUCAGGAAACUUUGGAGAAAUAAAAGGGACUCCAGAAAGCCUCGCUGAGAAAGAAAGGCAGCUCAUGGGUAUGAUCAAUCAGCUGACCAGUUUGAGGGAACAGCUGCUAGCAGCUCACGAUGAACAGAAGAAGCUGGCUGCAUCUCAGAUCGAGAAACAGCGCCAGCAAAUGGAGCUGGCUAAGCAGCAACAAGAACAGAUUGCAAGACAACAGCAGCAGCUUCUGCAGCAGCAACACAAAAUUAACCUUCUUCAGCAACAGAUCCAGCAGGUCCAGGGUCAGCUGCCUCCAUUAAUGAUUCCCGUAUUCCCUCCAGACCAACGAACCCUAGCAGCAGCUGCACAGCAAGGAUUCCUUCUUCCUCCUGGUUUCAGCUACAAGGCAGGAUGCAGUGACCCCUACCCCGUUCAGCUGAUCCCAACUACCAUGGCAGCUGCUGCCGCAGCAACACCAGGCUUAGGUCCACUCCAGCUGCAGCAGUUGUAUGCUGCCCAACUUGCUGCGAUGCAAGUGUCUCCGGGAGGCAAGAUUCCUGGCAUUUCCCAGGGGAACCUUGGUGCUGCUAUGUCCCCUACCAGCAUCCACACAGACAAGAGCACAAACAGCCCUCCACCCAAAAGCAAGGAUGAAGUGGCCCAGCCUCUGAACCUUUCAGCCAAACCCAAGACAUCUGAUGGCAAAUCUCCUACAUCACCCACCUCUCCUCACAUGCCAGCUCUGAGAAUAAACAGUGGGGCCAGUUCACUAAAGUCCUCUGUGCCAGCAACAUUAGCAAGUCCUUCGGCCAGAGCCAACACAAUAGACAUCCUUUCUUCUAUCACGUCGUCAGGUUAUUUAAAUGACCAUGAUGCUGUUACGAAGGCGAUUCAGGAGGCCCGACAGAUGAAGGAGCAGCUACGGAGGGAGCAGCAGGUGCUGGAUGGGAAGGUGGCCGUGGUGAACAGCCUGGGUCUCAAUAACUGCAGGACAGAAAAAGACAAAACAACACUGGAGACCCUGACUCAGCAGCUGGCAGUAAAACAGAGUGAAGAUGGGAAGUUCAGCCAUGCAAUGAUAGAUUUCAACAUGAGUGGAGAUUCUGAUGGAAGCGCAGGAGUUUCAGAGUCUCGGAUUUACCGGGAAUCCCGAGGACGUGGUAGCAAUGAGCCCCACAUCAAGCGCCCAAUGAAUGCAUUCAUGGUGUGGGCUAAGGAUGAACGGAGGAAGAUCCUUCAAGCCUUCCCUGACAUGCACAACUCAAACAUCAGCAAGAUACUAGGAUCUCGCUGGAAAGCUAUGACAAACCUAGAGAAGCAGCCAUACUAUGAGGAGCAGGCUCGGCUCAGCAAACAGCACCUGGAGAAAUACCCAGACUACAAAUACAAGCCCAGGCCGAAGCGUACCUGCCUUGUAGAUGGCAAAAAGCUACGCAUUGGCGAGUACAAGGCCAUCAUGCGCAACAGACGCCAGGAGAUGAGGCAGUACUUUAAUGUUGGGCAACAAGCACAGAUCCCCAUUGCCACAGCUGGUGUAGUGUACCCAGGAGCCAUUGCCAUGGCAGGAAUGCCUUCCCCACACCUGCCCUCGGAGCACUCAAGCGUGUCCAGCAGCCCAGAGCCUGGCAUGCCCGUCAUCCAGAGCACUUACGGGGUCAAGAGUGAGGAGCCACACAUCAAGGAGGAGAUGCAGCCUGACGACGUCAACGGAGAGAUCUACGAUGAGUACGAUGAGGAGGAGGACGACCCCGAUGCAGAUUAUGGCAGUGACAGUGAAAACCACAUUGCAGGGCAAGCCAACUGAUGGGGGUCCCAGUGUCUCGUGACCUGCAGGACUUCAAGGAGAAAAGAAAAAAAAAAAUCCCCAUCUGGUUUAUCCUUGCCAGUGGCCAAGCACAUUAACUUUCUCAUACACUGACUGUUACUUUAACUGUUAGUCUUAACUAGUUGGGACAUCAGCUGACUAAUAGACACAGCCUGCAUCAGAAGAAAAAAGGCUUAGAAGAAAGGAAACAGAGACAACAACAACAACAGAAUGAUAUAAGCUAUGGGUAAAAUAAUGCCAGUAAUUCAGCUGCUAUACCCAAGCACUGAAGUCUUACCCGUCGACCUUUUAUUAUUAUUUUUUUUUUUCAAAUAAA